GCCUUAGAGGACUGUAGAGUUUCCAGGGGAAAAGAUGAGUGAUGGAAUGGUAUUGUGUGAGACGAGAGCCCUGGCCUCCUCUUCCUCUCCAGUCCACAGGCUGGCUGCAAUCCUCUUCCUCCUCCUCUCCCUGCUCCACCACGGGCACGCAUCAGGAUGCCCGCAGCCGCUGGCUGUACAGCAUGGGGAGCUGGUGAACCAGACUCAGGGGAACCGAGGCUCCUCCCCCCCUGGUACCCUGCUGUCCUAUGGCUGUGAGCCGGGCUACACCCCCGAUGGACCCACCACCAUCACCUGUACCACCGCUGGAACAUGGUCCCACCUGCCUCCACGCUGCAUACACGCUGAUGUGUGCCCCCCUCCCACGGAGCCAGAGAACGGAGGGUACAGGUGCCACCCGUCCCCCUGCCACCGCCUCACCCAGAAGACCGUGAUAGAGUACUUCUGUGACGAGGGCUACGCUCUGAAGGGGGACUACAAGUUCCUCACCUGUCAGAAUGGGGAGUGGGACGCACCCAUGCAGAUCACCUGCCGCCUCAGCCAAGAUAAGGAGCUGCGGUCUCCGUUGGCGAUGCCAGCGCUGUCCAUCGUAGCGUCCACAGCCUCCUCUGUGGCCCUCCUGCUGCUGCUGGUGGUGCUGUUUGUUCUGCUGCAGCCCAAACUCAAGUCCUUCCACCACAGCAGGCGUGAGCAGGGUGUAUCAGGCCAGCCAGCCUCCAUGGUGGUGGAGGGGCUCCAGGUGGCCCUCCCCUCCUAUGAGGAGGCAGUUUACGGUAGCGGAGGUGCCUCCCUCCCACCGCCUCCAGAGUCCCGGGUCCAGAUCGUCCUGUCUGAGGGGCCCCAGGGGGCUGAGGGUGGAGCCGAGGGGCCCAGCAGUAGGUCUCAGUCCCACCGUCACAGAGAUACAGAGAUGUGCCUCCCCUCCACGUCCUCCUCUUCUUCCUCCUUCCCUUCAUCCUCCCGUCGCGCAGAGACCGUACUAGUCCACCAGGCCCCCUCCUCCUCCUCUUCGUCAUCGUGGGUUACGGAGCACGGAGGAGGUGCGUGUGGUGGAGUCGCACCCCUGGUCACGCUGGCCAGACGUAGAGACUCCGAGAGCAGCGACCAGCACAGCCUGCUUUCUGUCACCUCCGUAGACGACUUCUCUGAUGAUAUCCCCCUGUUAAAGGAAGCCUGAUGCCCCUGCAGCAGCACCACUCCACCCUACAGCUGACCAGGAAACACUGAGGCUUCUGCUGGGGCCUUCUACCUGAACUAUACCACCCUACCCUACAGCUGACCAGGAAACACUGAGGCUUCUGCUGGGGCCUUCUACCUGAACUAUACCACUCCACCCUACAGCUGACCAGGAAACACUGAGGCUUCUGCAGGGGCCUUCUACCUGAACUAUACCACCCUACCCUACAGCUGACCAGGAAACACUGAGGCUUCUGCUGGGGCCUUCUACCUGAACUAUACCACUCCACCCUACAGCUCUGAACCACAGAACUACAAAAUUACCCAGCGUACCAAAAACAGGAAUCAUGUCAAAGAAACUCAACCUCCCUCCACGUCUGCAACUUCUCACACGGCUCAAAGACAAGAGCAGAGUCCAACUUCACCCCCAACUAUUACCAACCGUGCACAGAAAUUAGACAAACCAUUUCCACCACCAGUAUCCUCUCCUCGUGUCCUGGCUACCCCUUCUGCAAUGAUCUCUAAACUACCACCCAUGUGCAGAAAACUGCUCCCUUUCUCUCUUACUGGGAACUAACGAGCCCUUAAUACCUACGGCCCCCUCAGCUUCAGAAUGGACCUCAACACAGACAGGCAGACAGGCAGACAGGCAGACAGGCAGACAUGCAUCAAGUGGUUUCAGCUGAAUAUAGAUACAUAUGUAUAAAAGCAUACAUACUCAGAGUCCAGGUUUGGUACUGUAUGUCUGUGUCUCUAUGGACACAGCAGAGUCCAGGUUUGGUACUGUCUGUGUCUCUAUGUACACAGCAGAGUCCAGGUUUGGUACUGUCUGUGUCACUAUGUACACAGCAGAGUCCAGGUUUGGUACUGUAUGUCUGUGUCACUAUGUACACAGCAGAGUCCAGGUUUGGUACUGUAUGUCUGUGUCACUAUGUACACAGCAGAGUCCAGGUUUGGUACUGUCUGUGUCUCUAUGUACACAGCAGAGUCCAGGUUUGGUACUGUCUAUGUCUCUAUGGACACAGCAGAGUCCAGGUUUGGUACUGUCUAUGUCUCUAUGGACACAGCAGAGUCCAGGUUUGGUACUGUCUGUGUCACUAUGUACACAGCAGAAUCCAGGUUUGGUACUGUCUGUGUCUCUAUGGACACAGCAGAGUCCAGGUUUGGUACUGUCUGUGUCACUAUGUAUACAGCAGAGUCCAGGUUUGGUACUGUCUGUGUCUCUAUGUACACAGCAGAGUCCAGGUUUGGUACUGUCUGUGUCACUAUGUAUACAGCAGAGUCCAGGUUUGGUACUGUCUGUGUCACUAUGUAUACAGCAGAGUCCAGGUUUGGUACUGUCUGUGUCACUAUGUACACAGCAGAGUCCAGGUUUGGUACUGUAUGUCUGUGUCUCUAUGGACACAGCAGAGUCCAGGUUUGGUACUGUCUGUGUCUCUAUGUACACAGCAGAGUCCAGGUUUGGUACUGUCUGUGUCACUAUGUACACAGCAGAGUCCAGGUUUGGUACUGUCUGUGUCUCUAUGGACACAGCAGAGUCCAGGUUUGGUACUGUCUGUGUCUCUAUGGACACAGCAGAGUCCAGGUUUGGUACUGUAUGUCUGUGUCACUAUGUACACAGCAGAGUCCAGGUUUGGUACUGUCUGUGUCUCUAUGGACACAACAGAGUCAUUUAUGUAUAGCUCUGUUACACAGAACACACGUCUGUCUAGGCCUGCACCUAAUCAACCACACUCCCAAAGGCUUUAUCUCCAACUGCAAGGUUAGUGGCAAACAUAAUGAUGUUUUUAUCACUGAUGGUGAUGAUGACUGUGGAUACAGACUUGAACUUGUGCAUCUCCUUACUCUAAUGGGGAUAAAGAGAGUCUCUCUCUCUUCAGUGAGGACUGUCUUGGUUUGGGCCUGGGCUGGCGUAUGCUGCAUGUUCUCUCUCUCUACGAUGACGUCCUGCGGCCCACACGGUAACCCUGUCUGUCUACUCUGCAUGAAGUCCCUCUGCAACUCUGCUGCCACUCUGGCAUCUCCCAAGUAGGGCAUUGUCUUGGGUCAGACAGCGCCACUUUUGUCUCGUGUUUCGUCGGAGUGAGGCCACCUGUCAGAAGAUGGAUUGAGCACGUCACCAGAGCCAGCAACAGGGUUAUAAACACACAGGCUUGCCCAGACACUACUGUAUCAUGAUAAAAGAAGAUUACCGACACGCUUGCCUUUUUUUCUGUUCAUCACAACAACCGAUAUGUGUUCUGCUCCCUUGUUGAUGUGGCUAUCUGGGGUGUUGUUCCGUUGUAGUGGCUACAGUAUCUUCUAGACACCUGGCUGUGUGUGUAUUUGACCGUGGAACUGAACAACACGUCAUGACUGUUUCAUGAAUGAAGAGUGUUCCGCUAUAAUGUUAAAUUAAGCAAGGCCUUGUUCUGUUGUUUUGUUCAAAGCAGGGGAGUUUAUUUUUUCAUGAUGAAAACAUGUUGAUUUUUGUGUUUGGUGACUGCACAUUGGGUAAUAUAUAUUUGUUUUUCCAAUCUAUUUAUUAUGUGUGUGUGGUGUGUGUGUGUGUGUGUGUGUGUGUGUGUGUGUGUGUGUGUGUGUGUGUGUGUGGCCAGGUUGGGUUCACAAGGAUGGAAUAUCGUCCAGAGUUGCUUCAAAACGGUUAGUAACCCUGUGCAUCUGCAUCUUUAAAAAGCUGAAAAUCCUUGCUCAAAACCAGCGCAUUGUAAACAACUAUUUUUCUUUUGUUUUAAAUGUUCAGUUCAAAGUUGAAUGAGCACAGCUUUAAUUUAUCUCUGGUAUGUGAUGAAAGCAGUUCAUAUGCGUUUGGGACUUGAGGUCAUCACCUUAGCCCGUUAGUUUCAGACGGGGUCUGAGUUGAGUGGUUGUUUGAAUUACUUUUUCCACAUUAAAUUUUUAUUUGUGACUGUC